AUGUUUGGAUUUAAUCAAGUCGAUGAGAACGUUGGGUAUCUGAAUGUGGUUCAUGGGAUUCCUCAGGAUUCCAGCCACUACCUCGCCUCAUCGCCUUCCCCUAUCCAUAAUGCUGCUGCAACCGCAAUUGCCUUAGCCGCUGGUCUUCCUCCAGAUCGGGCUGCUAUCAUGGCCUACGCCGCUCAAGCUCUUGGCACAGACACAGUAUUUGCAGGUUUAGCAGCCAAAAAGAAGCGCCAACAACAACUCCAACAACUAGAGCAACAAAAACUUGACGAGGGAAUUUCAAAUUUACCUUCAUCUAUUGCUAAUAUCUCUCCUCUUACCUCUGUGGCAACCUCCACCUUGGAUUCUGUCGCUAUUGAGGAUUUUGGAAUAUCCACUCAUACAUCCCAUAGUCCAGGCAAGACCGACUCCUCUUCCAUAGUUGCAAGUGACGUCAAGAAUGAUCGUGAUUCCGUUACUCAUAUAAUCAAAGCAAGUACUCAUUUUAUUUAUUCAAUAUUUAAGAACAUAAAAAUGUAA